AUCCAUCUAGUCAUCCACACUCUGCGUAACUCUGUUGCUUGUCUCAUUCCCUUUUUGACCUCUCUCUCCCCUCUCCUCCCUCCCUCAAUCCCAAGACUUCCCAUCCUGUUAAUCAUUCCCUCCUCCCUCGACGGCGACCACCCGCUUGCAAAUCACACACACCACCUAGUCGACGAGUAGGAUAUUUCUUGGGGAAUUACAACAGGCCGGCUCGCUGGGGCAUGACGUAGCUGGAUCAUCAAGACGGAAUCAAGACAAGACAAGACAAGAGAAGCCUACCGGAUGGUUUGGUUUUAGUCAGACACAGACAAGUCGACGCAACACCGGAGAAAGACCUUGACGUCCUCGAGGUCCUUUAUCUCCCCCACCUCUCUCACCCCGCCCCCUCGCUUUGCGUCGCGACUCUCAGAACACCACCUCUGAGAGUAUCAGCAACUAUGCGUGACUUCGCCAGCUUCCUCCAGGGGAAGCCGACGCUCCCGUCGCUCUGGACCGGCAACAUCAACUUCGCCAAGCUCAACCCUAUCCCGCACCGGUAUCGACCCAGCCGGGCAAAGAGGAACCAGAAGAAGCGCGACACCUACAACGGCGCCGAGGAUGUCAUCUCACUUCAGAGAUCAUUCAACCCUCUCGUCACAUUACGGAAACUGCAAAAUCACAAGUGGAGGCUCCUCGACCUGCAGUACACCAUCCUGAUCGCCCUGAUCAUCUUCUCACUUUGCAUUACGCCCUCGGCCCCUCUCAUUAAGACACUCGCCGUCGCCGGUGGUCUCCUGCUCCUGACCGUUCCUGCCACGAGCCAGUUCUUCUUCCCUGGGCUGAGUAUAUGGACGUAUCUUAUCUAUUUCUUUUGUAGCCGCUUCAUUGAUGCGAAAUAUCGCCCUCACAUCUGGGUUCGCGUUUUGCCCGCUCUCGAGAAUGUCCUUUACGGCGCCAACCUCUCUAAUAUCUUGUCCGCUCACACCCACCCUGUUCUCGACAUCCUCGCUUGGAUCCCGUACGGCUUAGGUCAUUUUGGCGCCCCCUUCAUCUGCGCCGGCUUUCUGUUCUUCUUCGCUGCCCCCAAGACCGUCCCUGUCUUCGCCAAGUGCUUCGGAUGGCUCAACGUUCUCGGCGUCACAAUCCAGCUUGUUUUCCCCUGCACUCCCCCUUGGUACGAGAAUGAGCAUGGCCUGGCGCCCGCCGCCUACGGCAUGCAAGGAUCCCCCGCCGGCCUGGCCCGCAUCGACGCCAUCCUCGGAAUCGACAUGUACACAACGAGCUUCACGACGGCCCCCGUACCCUUUGGUGCCUUCCCCUCGCUGCACGCCGCCGACGCCGUCAUGGAGGCUCUCAUUCUGAGCUACUGCUUCCCCCGUUUCCGCCCCCUUUUCAUGAUUUAUGUCGGAUGGAUCUGGUGGGCGACGAUGUACCUCAACCACCACUACGCAGUCGACCUGGUUGGCGGUUCCCUUCUUUCUGCCGGCAUCUUCUACUUUGCCAAGGCCCGGUACCUGCCUCAACAGCAGGCCGACAAGAAGACUCGUUGGGAGUAUGACUAUGUUGAGAUUGGCGAGCAAACCAAGACGUUCGACGAGGAGUACGGACGGAUGUACAACAUGGGCUACCUCCAGCGACGUGGCAGCUCAUCGAGCGACGAGUGGGCCGUUGGCAGCAGUUCCAGUUACAGCGCAUCAAGCCGGGGCAGCGGAAGCUUGAGUCCCGCGCUAUCUGAAGAAUCCGGCCGCAGCAUCUUCAGCAUCGAGAUCCGACCCGACCACGAACGAUACGAAAUUCCUCAGCUCACCGAGGUGGCCGUACGGUAGAUUCGACUGUUCGCGCCGCACGGCGAACGUCAAUCUCAAGCCCUACCAUAAUGCAACUGAGCGAUAUCGCCGGCCGGAUGAACCUAUUACCGCCGCGGUCACAUCGAGCGCGAUAAUAGCUUUCAACAGACGACAUCACGCAUCCAGAUACAAAAGACCAACACCCCUUAAUCGAUACCUUUUUUGUUCGAUUCUCAUCAUCAGCACUUUUUACUCAACACGGAUACCACUUUGGAUUACCUGUACCAUUUGCAUCAGCAGCACAGCAACGGCGCAAUCGUGGUAUUAUUAUUCUUUUUAUUUUUUUUGCAAACGACAGAAUCAGCCGGAGAAUCAUGGUUCUCGACAGGCUUUGCAGUAACGGCCUAUUGGAUGAUCACAACGGCAGACAGACCCACGGAGCUGGGGAGAGUGGCGUACACGGCACAAGGACUUGGAGACAUAGACCUCCGUACAUUUAAUGUGUUCAACGUUGAGGUCUCGGCCCGUCCCUCUGUUUCGGCUCAGUGCCGGAUGCGGCGUGGACGAGAAUGAUCUCAGGCGUCCAGCCAGGAGGAAGGCGGACCCGAAGUAAUGUGGAGGACGAGAUGUAGUACACCACAAGCGGAGGUGGUAGAGCAGUCGCUACUGAAGUAGUUGAUGAAGAACGAGAAGAAAGAAUACGAGGAGCAUUUCUCCUAACAAGAUCUAUUGAAUCCAUCC